GCAGGGGGUUGAAACUUAAUGAUCUUUGAGGUUCUUUUCAACCCAGGCCAUUCUAUGAUUCUGUGAUAAAACAGUGUUGUUGUAUAAAAUUCAGAGCUUUGAGUGAAAAUGCACGGUGGAAAGCAAGAGGCUCCAAGUAGAACUUCUGUUCAUAAAACAAGAGUAAGUUAUCUCACGUUAUUGAGGGAGAAGUGUAGGAGUGACUGGAGAGAGGCAUUAGUGUUGUCUACGACAACGUAAUAAGGCUUCCCUUCCGUCCUCACCUCCAUGUGCGGGGCAUACGGGACGCACACACAGUGUGUAACACCGAAAUGCCAAUUUAAUGCUGCGCAACAAGGCUAUUUAUACCCGUACACGCGACCGCCCCGGAUACUCGUGACCCUAGACCCCUCCCCGGGUGCACGCAGGCACUGCCCAUUUCAUCCCACAACUCCCCCCUCUUUAACAGCCCCUUUAAUACGUUCCUCUCUUGGUUCCCAGUUUCCCCAACUAUCCCUACAAGGCCUAAGCGCGUCUUACAUAUAUAUACUAGGCAGGGGAGGUCCUGUCGCGUCACAUCCCGCACGCUCGGUUACCGCCUACUACAUUUUUCUCCUCCCAUGCCUGGAAAAGCCUUGCCCCGUUACAGCGCGAUCGCAAAACCCCCUAUAGCCUAUCUCCCAACUAACUUAUCUACUGCUUAAGCUCUAAUGUUCGCACAUUAUACGAGUGCGUACUUCAUCAUUAACUACCUAAGACUUAUCACAAGCGUUCGCGUAGCCUAUGGUAUUCCAUGCGCCGAUCAAAGGCUUGCUCCAUCAUUCUUUGUAAGCACUGCUGCAAACAUCCUAUCAAGCAUGGUAAGAAGAAUGCAAUGCAGAUAAACACUAAGAGCACUAUACCGACUACUUUAAGUAUCUGGGUGACCCACGGCCCAAGUCCGCCAAACAGGUUCUUCAGCCAGUCGCCGAACGGAUCAUGUCAACCGUUAUCUUCUGCACGGACUUAACCCCUGCUCACAGGGGCCACACGCUGGCCCAGGUGAAGACUGUGGGAAGUGCAAGUGCAAGGAGUGCAUAUAUCCAAGGACCCUCCCAUCGUGUCGGAUCUGUGACAAACAACGUCUUUGCUCGGCCCAGAACGUGGUCACGCUGCGCGAAGGGCCUCUUCUAUCACUGCUCCAACAGUGACGAGGACAACUGCGUUGACGACCCCUCUUUAGGGGCACGGAGCCGCCCUUUCAGGAGCUGAUGUGCGCGCUCCACUAUUGCUCGUCCUUGGGAAAUAUGCGGGAUCCCAAACACGCGCCGGAUGCCCCAAGUGCAGCACCAGGCUCAAAACGAUGGCUUCUGUAGCCCGGUCCAUUGUCCGUUUUUAACUCUAUGGGAACCCCCAUUAUCGCGACUGCAAAGCGUAACGCCUUGACACAGUCACGCCCUUUUUGUAAUGAGCGAAUACUCAGCUAUCUCUGAAAGACCAAAUCACUCGUGGAGAACAAACAUUCAUUUCAAAAGAAUGGAAACACGUACCCCAUCCGGCAUCGGUGGAGAAUGCCGUAAAAGGCGAUGAGGAAUGACAGCUUCGAUUCUGCAGUUUGUAGGCUGCUCCUGACAGCAUCCAGCAGAAGAGAAACUGCUGGUUUGUGCCUCCUGUGAGCAGGCACUGCUGCCUGCCUGCUGGCCAGACUUUUCUGCUGGCUGCUGUAGGACUGGAGGGAUCCUGAUGCCUAUUUGCUAAAAUUUGGAUGUCGGGCUUUAUGACAGCUCUCGCCCCGGCAAGGGCUAAGAGGUCACGUCCCAGCAAUGAGAACGGGAUGUCCAGGACAUAAGGCUGAAUCGGUCCUGUCGUCCGCUCCUGCCCUCUGUCCUCCCACGAAAAGAGGACAGGAUAGUGACUGCGAAGAGGAGGGCCACACAGCCGUUGAAAUAGUGGUGACAUCUGCUCCGGAGUCGAUUAGAAAGGAAAUGGUUUUCUGGUUCGGAUUUGGCUGUGUCAGGCCUUGAAUCAAGAUUUGUGCUUGAAGUAUGGGUCUGUUCCCUAAGUCAAAGCUAACUUGAGCCAAUGGUACAUCAGCCUGGCUGGCAGACUGGCAGACUGUCCCCACUAGGCGGAACGUAGCUGGUUCCUUCCCCAGUGCACAGUAUUGGACGGGUACCUCAAGACCCUGCUCCAGGGCCCUGGAGCCAGCAACCCAAACUGCCGCUGGCGACUUUAUUCGUGUUCCUGGUCUGGUCCGGGCCACGGUGCGGCCCACGCCUGUGGAUUUUGUUUGACAGUUGGGGGGACCCAUUGCUGUUGUCGAGGGGUCGGUCCCCUGUCCCCCCCAACCUUUCCGUUUCCCGACGGCCCCUUUGUAGCUGACGCUCCAGUCUUCUUUUGUGUGCAGUCUUUUGCCCUAUGCCCUUCUCCCCCACACACCCAACACCGAGUGGUACUUCCCCCUCCUGUUUGUCCCCGGCCCUGCGAGCAAUUGCGAGCAAGAUGCCUUCCCUUACCGCAACGGAAGCAGACGUCUGGUGUGGUUUGGACUGCCAUCGCUUGCAAAGCUGCUGUUAUCCCAGCAACCUGCUCAGACAAAACUGCAGCCAGUGGCUGCACCUCUUGUGCUCGACCGAAAGCGCAGCGCUAUGAGUUCCCGUGCUGUGGCUGUGGCAGGAAGGGCUGCAAGAGCAGCCUUGUACUCUGGAGCUGCGCUCGAACGUAAACAUUCUCGCAGCACUAUUUCCUGUGUUUCUGGGGGCAGGUUGCUACUCGAGAUAGCUGUCUGUACUCGGUCUGCAAAGGAGCCGAAAUGCUCCCCAGGUUUUUGUCUAAUAUGGAGAUAACUUGGCGACCCACUAGUAAGCGUAUGCAUCCGCUCAAGCGCUCGCCUGCCCAAGUCUGCCGCUGUGACAAGAACAGUCGCUGGCAAAAUCAGUUGUUCCUGAGGGGUACUCCGAUUACCCUUUCCUGCGAUGGAUGUUGUGUAGAGGAUGAGCUGGGUUUGCCUGUGCAUGAGCUCGCAAGCUGUCUACCUCCUCCUGAAUGUACGCCUCGAAAAUUGGUACCUGCGCCAGGGUGAGGCACGCCCGUGCACACUGUCGCCAAUCGAAAAUCAGCGGGCCACUAAGACUAAUAGCGUCCAACAGGACCUGCGCCUGCGAUCCGAUGCUGAUUCUUUGAAGAAUGGAAGUAAUGAAGCUAACAGCAAAACAAAGAAAGGAAGCAAAUCUGAAGCUGAAACUCCGGGUUCUGUUUUGGAAUGUGGUUCGAAAGAAGAAGCAGAACUGGAUUCUGAUCAGUUUAUUCACAGAUCUUCUACUUCAGGAGAAUUGCAAAAAGAUGGAGGGAAACUGGAGACAAAGGCUUCUAUUUCUGCAGUUUCAACUCCUACUGAAGAGCAUACUUAUAAGUCAUUAACACCGAUUUCUAAGAAAAGAUGUCGACAGCAACAUGUCACUUCUCAUGAAAGCCCAAAUGAAAUUCAAGGCCAGCAAGAAGAUUUAGCAUGGCUAAGUAGUAAUGUGAACAUCAAACCUUUUUCUAAAGCAUCUUGUUCUACAAAUAAGCAUGAAAAAAUGAAUUUUAAAUGCAAAUUUUGUAGUUCUGCGUAUAAAAGCUCUGCACUUCUGAAGAGACACGUUUAUUUGGCUCAUAAAAAUAAAAAAAUACAUAAAUGCAGCUUUUGUAAAAAAACCUUCUUCUUUUCUGUCAACCUGAAGAGCCACAUUAAGCUUCACAAGAUGACUAGGUUGCAGAAGGAAAGAAAAAAUAGAGUGAAUGCUAGAAGAGUUAGACAAAGAACCGAAGAAAGAAAAACGGAAAGAAAGAAAAAAGAAAGCAAAUAUGAGAAAUACUUCAUCAAAAUCGAAAGGGAUUUUACAUCUCUGGGUGUUCCAGUUAUUUUUUCCUGCCAACUUUGUUUUUUUGAUUCAUCAAAUCCUAGGAUUUUUAUUCAUCACAUGAAGGCACAUAAAGAGAGACCACCUUACCAGUGUCCUCAGUGUGAUUACUCCAGCCCGACCUUAUCUUACAUGUUAAAUCACUUGUACUGGCACGCUGGGUAUAAGCUCUACAAGUGCAGGUUCUGCACCUUUUUUUCACUGUAUUUUGCCAGCAUGGUUAGGCAUAGCUACAUGCACACAGGGCCUAAACCAUAUUCCUGUGAGUUCUGCCAAUCAGCGUUUACAAGCAUCAGCGGGUUAAAGAGGCACAGAAGAUUACAUGCGAGUGAAGAAACAUACAAACUUGACUUUGGAAAUGGAAGAAAGAGAACUGAAAGACCUUCAAAGAGUUACACGUGUGAUGAAUGUAACGUCAUGUUUUACAAUAGGGGUCAUCUCAGUUUUCAUAAGAGAUGUCACGAACAGCAUAAGGUGAGUGCUAAUGGUUAUACGAAUCACAGCAAUGAAUAUCUUAAAAGCAAAGAGUGCAAAAUUGACAGUGAUUGCAAGGGCUGUGUUCCUGUACCUCUUUCUAAUGAAGCUGAUAGUCUCACUAGGGGAGCGUGUAAAACUCUAGCUUCAGAAGUAGACUUUGUGCAGGCGGGUGAUGUGCAGGACAGUAAGAAAAUGUACCCUGGAAGGAGGUGUACCAAAAACAGCCAUGUGAGGAACAUUGCACCUGUUUUUGGGAGUAGAUCGGAAGUUCUGGAUUCAUACAAAGUGAACACUGUAGUUUACAAAGAAGACCCCCUCUUCAGCCCUGAAACCUCUCAUUCACAAAUUCUAGAUGGUAAAAAGAAUGCUGCAUCUUGUAAGUCCAAGGAUAUGUGGCCUUCCAGUUUGUCUGUGUUCAAACUGUACAAGUGUAAACACUGUGAUUAUGCUACUGCUGUUCAUAGCAACUUUAAGCUGCACCUAAAAGCACAUACCGAUAAAGGACCGUUUGUGUGUCAAGAAUGCAAUAAGACUUUUAAAACUGCAAACCGUUUGCAGAAACACAGGCUUCUUCAUGUAAAGGACGAAUAUGAAUUCAGCCAUUACUUCUAUGCACAUAGCCAUCUAGGGAAUCUUGGACUGCAUCGUGAAAUGCAGGUAGGCGUGUGUCCAGAAAGAGGUUUUGGUUCCUCAGGGGGUUUCAAUGGUGCCUGUUCCGUGCUUGCUUCAGAAGCGUAUGGAGAGCAGACAGAUACCAAGAGGGAUAAAAAUGAUUUGCUAGCACAGAGUCAGCCGCAGUUCUAUCAGUGUGCCGAGUGUGAGUACUCUACUUACAUUUUAAGCAACCUUAAACUGCACGUAAGAACUCACACAGGUGAGAAACCUUACAGCUGCAGUGUUUGCCAGAAGACGUUUCGUACGUCCAGCCACUUGAAACGGCACCAAGUCCUGCACUGUAACACGGAGCAUCUCAAGUGUAGGAAGUGUGACUAUUCGACAAACAAAUGGCUGUCCUUAAAGCAGCAUCUGGCUUCACAUGCAGUUAACGAAAGCUCGUCUGCUGGCUCUCUCUAUGAACAAAAGCCACUAACUGUCAAAACGUACACGUGUGAAGAGUGUGGCUAUACCACAGUUCACCAUGGAAACUUCAAGCAGCACCUAAGAAUUCACACAGGGGAGAAGCCGUUCAAGUGCGGGCAGUGUGGUGUUGCUUUCCGCACAUCUAGCCACCUGAAGCGCCACUUGCUGACUCACGUAAAGUUUCACUGCAAAAGGUGUGAUUUUUCUACAGUAGAUAAAUACGCUUUCCAAAAGCAUGUAAAAACGCAUAAAAAAAAGGCACAAGCGCAGCAAGUGUAAUGUCAUGUUGCCCACUAAAAAGCUUCUAGAAAAUCCUAAGUAGCAAUAUCAUUUUAGAACGUAAGCUUGGGAUUUGCAAGCUGAUGCUCAGUGCUUGAGGGCUUUCGAUGUCCCAGAUCUGUUUAUUUCUAUACAUUUCCCUGCUGUACCUAGAAAAGUGGCUGUUAGUGGACGAAGGCAGUGUUCUGGUCAAGAGUGAGAUUCAGAAUUCUGCUUUGCUCCAGGUUCUGCUGGGAACUUGUUUCUAGGGAAGGCUGCGCUCAAGGUGUUGGAGGCGCCUCUUCAUGCCUGUAUAACUUUUCUAUUCUGAAAGGUCAGACUUCUGAAUUGGCCUUUGUUCAUCAGUGUAAACAGUUUUAUGCCACUUACCUUCACAUUUAAAAACAAGUCUAACUGCAGGAAUGUUUAGAGGGAGGGAUGAAAGCGCACGCUAUAUUGUACAGUAAUCAUUUUUUUCAGUUAAGAAUUGUUAGUAUGAUUUGGAGGCUUACUCCCAUCUGCUCUAAAUUGUGUUCCUUGCUACCAGGGCCUCCUGUAAUACGUAACGAGAGAACAAGUCGGUAUCUCACAAGAUAAUGAUGUCAUCACUGGUUAAGUGUUCUACGAAAGUAUUUUCUGUAUACGUGUAAAUGUAAAAUGCUUAUUAAGUAGUUCAUUAUGUCUGUAGUUGCUCCUGAUAAUUCUUUGAGUAGUCUCACAGGAAUAGUAGCGUUGCCCUUAAUGAAGUAUUUUAUGAUACUGAAAAUGCUUAAGUUAAUCUUCACGAACUUUGUGGAGAUGUCUAAUGUUACUCUAGUAUGAAAUGCCUUGUCUUUUCUCAGGCCGAUAGCUACUGCACUCUUUAUUUCUUAAAAUACAUUUUAUCAUUCUGUUUGAAGAACCUUUCUGCUGAUUUUACUACUUGCUGACGAUUUAGAUUGAAAACAUUACCACUGUCAUAGAAUCCUUAAGGUUGGAUAUGACCUCUAAGGUUGUCUAGUCCAGCCCUUGAACUGUAAAACUUCCAUUAUUAAAAAGCUUUGCUGUGCAUCUAGAAUACAUGUAAGGACCACUUGCACCAAACUGCAGUUCUAUCGCUUGGUAAAGAUUGAGGUGGAUGGAUGUUACUUCAAAUUUGUAUUGAAGUUGAGACAAAUAUUUGCACAUUUUACAGCUAUGUCAUGCUUAAAACUCUGGACAGCAGUGAGCGUAUGUUCAGUGGUAUUUCUAAAAGCAGCAUUACCCUCUUGUGCAAGGAAAGAAAACGGCAAAGAAGUGGUGGUAAUUUUUCCUAAUGUUACAGUUCAGCCCAUGAAACAGCAGAAUAAGCCUGUAGCUUUAUUUAGAGAACUUAAACAUGAAAUUGCCAUUGCUUUUUGUAUUGCUCUCAAACUUAAGAUUUUCUUCGUAAGUACAGACAAUAUUUUGCAGUGGCUUUUUGGUAAUGCAGAAACACAAUUUUCCAAAGGUGGAUGGAAGCUCAUGGAUUGAUGUUCUGACUGUAAGCUGGGAGGGCACUACUUGGAAAUGAGAGAACGAUGAAGAUCUUGGAAUGACUGAGCCAACCAGCUGACACAGUUGUGAGAAACAAUAUCCUACUAGGGAUAAAUGGAGGUGUUCCUGGGAAACAGGAACCCUGUCAUGCAGACAUGGAGGGUUUUUUUUACCUUGGUUCUGCUCAGGUGAAGAAAACUUCAUAAGAACAGGUGGUAAGAAGAAACAGGAACAUUAAUAAUUGGAAGCCCACAUAACGUGUAAGGCGGGAAAGCUAAAUCUGGUGGAAAGUAACAUUUUAAAAGUACGUUGAACAUACAGGAAGGAUCCAAAUUUUUUAAAGAGUUUAAAAAGAGCAGAAGUUUCAUUUAGUUGCAAAUAGGGAUGAGAAGAUAUUUUCAGGGGGAACUUGAGAUUGUUAUUAGCAGCAACCACCUCCAAUAACGAUGUUUCACAAAGUAAAGUUUGUUAUGACUCUUGGUAUGGAAAUGAUUCUGUAUCUUCCACAUCAGAGAUAUUUGAAUGUGAAGGUGUGAUCAUUUUAAAAUAAAAACAUAGUCUGGUUUGGUU